UCUGCACUCAGCACAACUAAACUGAACGAAACGGACCAAUUUUCUCUCAUCGCCAAAACCAACCAAACCCCUAAAUCCCCAAUUUGGCAUGGCAGGCAUGUCUUCCCGAACGAAGGGUCCAAGGAAUCGUGAACUCAAACGGCUGCAGGCCGAAAAGCCUCUGUUCAUCCAAAAACGAGAUAAGCCUGCGGGUAGCAAGGUCAGAAAAUCAAAGCAUCAUUCUCCUGCUGGGCCUUCACAUGGUGCUGUGACAUCUUCUCGUUUCUCCAGUGCCGAUGGUAAACAUAGUGCUGAUGGCAGCAAGGUGACUCAACAAGAGCUUGCCAAAAUGUGUGCUAUCCGUGACUGGUGCAAGGAUUCUUGUUCUUACUACAAUCCCAAGGAACUCCGUAGUCCUCCUGGUGCCGAGCCGUUAGAACGAAAGGUUGCCACUUGUCCCCACCAGGGUAUGCUUGUAACAAGAAUGUUUUUAGUUUCAUGUUUUGUAAACCCGAUUGUGCCCGUAGUGCUACUGAUUCUGUCCUUUCAGGCCGUGCUUUUGAUCGCUGCAACAUCAAAGAUAACUCUAGUGCUCCUGGUAGCGAUGAAGAACAAAAGGCCACUAAACACUUGGAGAUGACAGUUGACACUUCUGCUCCUGUGUGUUUGUCGUCGAUUCCUAAGGAGCAUCUCCUGUUCGAUCCUCCUGGUUCUAUUUGGUAACCUGGGGGUUUGCUUCAGCCGGGUAUUUUGAGAAAUAAAUCAUCAACAAUGAUCUCCGGAGAAUGAAAUCCUGCCUAGUUUGUGUGAGAAUUAAAGGUUUGUGAGGAUGGUAAACUGGGAUUUGCUCCAGCUGUGUUGGAGAUGGAAGUGUUCUAUUGUGUUCGCACCCUGACACUAAUUUAUUUCCCAAAUGUUUGUGAGGAAUUUCUCGAUAUAUAUUUAUAUAUAUUAGAAACGGUUAAAUACCGAUGGGUUAUUAAAGGUUUAUUUCAUUUUUGAUUAAUUGUUUAA